AUGGCAGCUUACAUGAGCCGGUUGCACCAUAUUUCAUUGCAUGUUUCAAACGUGAAUAAAAUAGCCUAUGACCUUGUGUCCAAAUUUAAGUUCGAUUUCUUCGCAGCCAGGUUAACUGAGAAAUCUGGACAGUUUGCUUUUCGGAGAGGGUCGGCGGUGUUUCUUGUAAAUGAGAAGUCUAAUCCAGUAGGACAUGAGUUGAAUGAGCGAGGUGGUCACCGUGAGUUGUCUUGUGUGCCUUUUUUUCACGAUUUGACGGAUAAUCGUGUGAGAUUUAGUGAUAAAACCUCAGAAUUAAACGAACUGAGUUUUCUCUACGACCACAACCCAAAUUAUUCCGUCAACACCGCGUGCAACGUCUGUUUCGAAGUAGAAAAUGUCGAGAGGUCAUUCAAUGCACUUCGCGACCAAGGCUGUCAAAUACUCCUGUCUCCAAAGACUGUGCAUGAUGAUAACGGAUCUGUUACUUACUUUGUCAUUAAAUCUAUUGUUGGAAACGUCUGUCACACUCUACUAGACAGGUCAAAGUACCAUGGCAUUUUCUUGCCACAGUUUGAUGAACUUGAAACCUCUAGUAAAUUGCACAACUUAAAUGACUCACUAUGUCCAAUCACUCAUUUUGAUCACAUCACCUACGCUUGUCCCAGACGGAGCACUGCUGAAGUGAUGAAGUGGUAUGAGAAACACUUCGGCUUCCAGAGAUUCUUUAUUGACAGCAAUGAAGAUGUGAAUGAGGGUUACGUCCUUGAUCAAGAUGGUAUUGGACUUCGUCUUACUGCAAUGGAGUACUGGAAAUGCAGUGAAAUUGGAAUAAAACUUCCUUCUAAGGACAAGGUGGAACCAGAUUGCAAGUUUGUAAUUGCAGAGUCACUACCUGAACAAGGAAAGAAUCAAGUAGAUACAUUUUUGGAACAGCACAGAGGUCCAGGCAUUCAACACAUUGGACUUUACACCACCGAUAUUGUGCGGACAGCUCAAAUCAUGGCCCAAGCUGGAGUAGAGUUCUUCUCCCCUCCCCCUACUUACUAUACUGAGGUGGGAAAACAGCAUGAAAUAGAGAGUGCAGGUUAUGACCCUCAGAUGCUGUUAGAACACGGCAUCCUUCUGGACACAGCCUUGGACAAGGAAGCCAUGUCUCAGCCAUCCAGUGACCGAUACCUCCUUCAGGUGUUUACCAAGCCCAUUUUUGCUGAGGACACCUUUUUCCUGGAAUUGAUUGAGCGUCGUGGCGCCACAGGCUUUGGAGAAGGGAAUAUCAGAGCUUUGUGGAGAUCAGUACAAGCAUAUAUGGAGAAUGAGAAAGAAGACACACAAAAACAAAAACCUGACCAUGUGUCUUUGAAGACUAGUUAAUGCUAAAAUGCAUCAAAACCUUAGAAUGAAUGGAAAAGAAUGGUUUGAUAUUGCAUUUGUGCUCAUUAGCUACAAAGCACUUAAGGUAAAAAAUACUCCUUCAAAAUGUAUAUAUUGCAAACAACUAGUUCUUUAUAUGAGUUGUCCUAUGCAAAAGGCAUUUUUGUUUUAGCAGUGUUACAAGUCUGUUUAUAAGAAUCUUUUUUGUUCUCAACAAAAGAUAAUGGGCCCUAAUUUAAAUGACAGGCAAAGUCUAUCAACAAGCCAAUUUGUUUUGUAUGAACCAUACAUAUUGUGUGGCAUGAGGUAGCCUUGAGCUGACUAUGUGUUAAAUUAGCUAAUUAAUUUAGUCUAUUUAUUAAAUUAGCUUUAGUUAUACUUAAGACUAUGCCCAUCGUUCAAACAUGCUGUUAUUUUGACCCUAUACUUGUCAAGAAGAUGCUGAAUACACUGUUUGCAUUGCACUACUGAAUGCCCUAUUUGCCUUCUAUUGGCGUUGUUUGUUUUAUUCUUACUUGUAUACAUAUUUAAUAUUUUAACACAUUUAGUUGUAAAUGUUGGAUGCAAGGUUAUUUAAAUAAUACAUGAUUUGUAAAGUAGCAAAGUAAUAUCUACAAUGAAGUCUCCAUAAAAGGAUAAUUUUACCAGAAGCCCAUAUUGUAAUGAGACCGAAGGAGCUUCAGCAAUUUGAGCAUAUUAACUUAAUAUUUAAGUUUGUACAUUGUCCUGGGGUUAUCAGUUGUGUCUAAACUGUUACUGCCCCAAAGCAGUUGAGUAGUAGCUCAUUCCAAUAAAUGAUGAAGGUUAA